CAGUCGGAUACCAGAGCUCAGUCAGUGCACCCAUCUCUUGUGAACUUCCAAAUAUAUAGGUUUACUUGGUGUGGCAAUGGAUUAAGUUGACCCACAUACGGACUAUGUUAGGUAUUACAGUGCUAAUAGGUUUUCUUGCAUAUCUCCCACCCCUCAUUGCGGGUGGUAAAUCCUGCCCCGAGGCAACGAGACCCCAUUUAACGCGAUGUGAUAAAUAUUUUCGAUGUGUUCAACUCCCAUCGGGGAAUGUGGUGUGGAUUCCAAAUCAAUGUGACACAGGAUUGAUAUAUGAGGCAAGUGUGGGCGUCUGUGUCCUACCGGGGGAUGAUUGGGAGUGUAACCUCCCUGGGGAUCACACCCAAGCCCCCACUGAUGACAACAACAUUUACGGUGUAAACAAUUUGGAGUAUUUAAGUGAAAAUUUGGGACCCUAUGUUGAUGAGGAGGACGUUGAUGAUGAGCACGGGAGUGAAGUGAGCAUAACGCAGCCACAGCUGCAGGAUUUAAGUUCCGAGGAUGAAUUCAGCGGGGAUGGUGAUCCAGUAGAAGUGAUCACUGAGAGGAAUGUUGAGGAAAAAGUUGGCCUACUCCCACUGCCGAUAAGUUCAACAACUGAUUCCGAGCUCUCAACGCAUCUCCAGAGACUCACGCAGUUGAUUGAUAAUUUCCACAAGAAUAAAACAACCCCGGAUGUACCUGUUCUCCAUCCCGAUGACCUCAAUUCCUUCCUUGCACUACACAACAUCCGGAAUCAGGCUAUGAUGUACAACAGCAGCAACAAAAUAUCCCUUCCCAAUGAUGGGAAAAUUCAUCCAGACACCCUCACACAAAUCCUGGAGCAGCAAAAUAAAUUGCACGAAAAUCCCAACCUUGUGAAAAAUCCCUUGACCACAAGUAGAGUUAAGCAGAAACUCACUCCUGAUGGCUCAACGAUUCAUGUGAAAUCUGCAGGAUUGUCUAGGCUACCAUUCCGUCCGGAUAGCUAUUCAAAUUCCCAGAUUGUGGUAAAUCGCCCCGAGGGAGCAGUUCUCUUCAAUGUGGCUCGUCCGCGUGACACGAUGAACCCACAGCAGAAGCCCGAACCGUACAUCUCAGAGAAUACCCUGAGAACAGUUUUAGAACUUUCAAAGCAACUCGUCUCAACGAAUCAUCAAGUUGUCCCUCCAGUCAUCUACACCAUCCCCAUCCCCUAUCCAGCACCACCGCCAAUGCACACCGAAGAUAGGAAACGCGAUAGGAAUGUAACAAAGGCGAAAGAUCCACCGGAAGCAAUAUCAGUGACUGUGAAGGAGCCAAUUUCCAGUACACCUCCACCUCCGCAUUACUACAUCGACAGCUACGGUGUGAAAUACAGCCCACAAGUUGAUCCUUUUCCCCUUUCCUACUCACAACAGGACAUCAGCAACUACUACCCUCCGUAUCCUCCACUCACAUACACACCCCUCACAUCGUCCUACUCCAACUACCCCACGGAUUCGGCACAAGUGGCAUCGUACACAGCCCAGGGGUAUCCUGCAUCGUACAACCUUCUCACACCACCUACUUUUGGAGCCACGUCACAGUAUCAGGUGUACGGUGCACCACCAAUUGGAUCCGGGGCAAGCGGUCAAAUACAACCUGCUAAUUAUAAUUUUGGGAGCACCAGUGGAAAUAAUCAACAAAUGCAGACAAGCCAUAAUUGGCACAAUGACGACAAACGCUACCAACAGCGAGAGCCCGAUGACGACAUGCAGAAUGAAGAGAUUGAUGAGGAAGAAAUAAUUGACGAAGAUGAGGAAUCAAUGGAGAGUAAGGAGACACUGAUGAACUCAAUGGCAAGCAUGGAGAUGUCUUCAGAGCCUCCACCUGGAUUUGCACAGGUGGCCAAUCAAUUGCUCGAUGCGGAAGGUGGGAGAAACAAGGUGAUCAAUUUGCGCGGGAAUUAUUUCAGCUACGACACCUACAGAGACACAAUCCUCCCACUCCUUAGCGAUUCAGACGGAUCCCUGGCCAGCAGUGUGGAGAUCCUCUCGUGCUCAAUGGGUGUACGACAAGCCAAUGCAACUGAUUGCACGCGAUACUUUGUCUGCAAUCCCAAAACGGGUGAUCUGUUGUCCUACACCUGCCCACCAUUCACGGCAUUCAAUAGCCAAUCGAGGAUUUGUGAUGCUCGAACGUAUGCUUCGUGCAAUCCAUCCGCUCUUCAGAAUAGAUUUACAAUCAGCGAAAACAAAAGGUUGCACUAUGAAGCCCAGAAAGCCCUGGAAGAAGCCAAGAGGGUGCGUGAUGAGGCAUUGAAAGCUCAGAGAUUGGCCACCCUCAUCAAAAUGCAGGCUGAGAGUGCUCUCAGUCAGAAAGUUCCCACACAAAUGGUAAAACCAACAAGAGUAACCACCAAUAGGGUGCAAUCUCAGUCAAUGAGACGCCCAGCUGUGGCCACAUCUUCUUCCACGACAAAGGUGAAGAAGAAGAAGAGAUUCCGUUGUGAAGUUGAUGGAGGUGCUGUACCUGACACCACCUCCAGAUUCAAGUACAUUGUCUGCUUCAAAGGAUCAGGUGGAAAGUGGAGAAGGCACUUCAGGACAUGCUCUGAGGGAUUGAUGUUCUGCCCGUUGAUGCGGAAAUGCACGUUACAGAGGAAAUGUUACAAAUAAGACUACAUUUAGUGGUAAAAGUAGAGAAUAAAGAGGAGCUUUGAGUCACUGUUUUAGUUAAAAUUGACUAAUUUAUUGAUCAAGUUGAU